AUGGAUUCAUACAAACACAUUUUAGGUGCUGAAGGGUGUAGCAGCAGCGAAUCUGGAUGGACAAUGUAUCUUGGCUCUCCUAUGCAAGAAGAUGAUGAUGAAUGCAGUUACGAUGGUAAUGACUACAAUGCUCACAAUGUGAGUAAAAAUCAUCGCUAUGCUGCUGCUGCUGAUGAAGACAGUGAUGACUCCAUGGCUUCUGAUGCUUCCUCCGGUCCCCAUCAUCAAAACACCCAUGAGAAUGGUCAUGGAACAGUACAGUUUAAGCACAGCAAGGGUGGUCUUUUCAACCUCCAUUCUUCCUUGGCCACAAAACCAGAGAAAAAAGACAAGAAGAGUGAUAAGAACAGUUCUAAAAAGGGCCAGAAACUUGAUACUCACAGAAAACACUAG